GCUCGCAGCACGACACCGCGGUGUGUGCAAGCGGAACGCCGCCCUGUCCUUGAUCCUUUUGGCUGAGAUUGGGAGGGCAGAGGAAGCAGGAAGGUGGGAUUUGUUUCAAAAGGGUGCGGGAAGGGGACGCUCCAUACCGCCUCGCCUCUUAGUGUCCCCAGUCCCAUCACCCGACGUGUACGGGGACGGCCGACACGCUCACCCCACACCUCGCCGGCUGGGGCGGGAUCUGGGCGGCGGCUGCGGCCUGGCGCGCGCUCCGCAUCUCCUUCCUCGGGAGGCUGGGCGGGACUCCAGCGAGGGGGCGGGCCCCGCGAGCGCCCGCCCCUUUUCUCUCCCCGCCUCCUUCCCGCUCCGCGUCCCGCCCAGCGGCGCAGGGGGCCGGGCUCCGGCUAGGAGGGUGGGGGCCGCGCCGGUGACAGCCGGUCCCCGCCCCUGCUGCCCGCCACGUCCCUCACGUACCACUCGGCAGAGGCGCGGGGAAACCUGGCGCACUGGCUGUGGCUUCUCUAGCGGGACUCGGCAUGAGGCUGGCGCGGCUGCUUCGCGGAGCCGCCUUUGCCGGCCCGGGCCCGGGGCUGCGCGCCGCCGGCUCCAGCCGCAGCUUCAGCUCGGACUCGGGCUCCAGCCCGGCGUCCGAGCGCGGCGUUCCGGGCCAGGUGGACUUCUACGCGCGCUUCUCGCCGUCCCCGCUCUCCAUGAAGCAGUUCCUGGACUUCGGAUCAGUGAAUGCUUGUGAAAAGACCUCAUUUAUGUUUCUGCGGCAAGAGUUGCCUGUCAGACUGGCAAAUAUAAUGAAAGAAAUAAGUCUCCUUCCAGAUAAUCUUCUCAGGACACCAUCCGUUCAAUUGGUACAAAGCUGGUAUAUCCAGAGUCUUCAGGAGCUUCUUGAUUUUAAGGACAAAAGUGCUGAGGAUGCUAAAGCUAUUUAUGAAAGGCCUAGAAGAACAUGGUUGCAGGUCUCUAGUUUAUGCUGUAUGGCCUGCAAGAUGAUCUUUACAGAUACUGUGAUACGGAUCAGAAACCGACACAAUGAUGUCAUUCCCACAAUGGCCCAGGGUGUGAUUGAAUACAAGGAGAGCUUUGGGGUGGAUCCUGUCACCAGCCAGAAUGUUCAGUACUUUUUGGAUCGAUUCUACAUGAGUCGCAUUUCAAUUAGAAUGUUACUCAAUCAGCACUCUUUAUUGUUUGGUGGAAAAGGCAAAGGAAGUCCAUCUCAUCGAAAACACAUUGGAAGCAUAAAUCCAAACUGCAAUGUAGUUGAAGUUAUUAAAGAUGGCUAUGAAAAUGCUAGGCGUCUGUGUGAUUUGUAUUAUAUUAACUCUCCCGAACUAGAACUUGAAGAACUAAAUGCAAAAUCACCAGGACAGCCAAUACAAGUGGUUUAUGUACCAUCCCAUCUCUAUCACAUGGUGUUUGAACUUUUCAAGAAUGCAAUGAGAGCCACUAUGGAACACCAUGCCAACAGAGGUGUUUACCCCCCUAUUCAAGUUCAUGUUACGCUGGGUAAUGAGGAUUUGACUGUGAAGAUGAGUGACCGAGGAGGUGGCGUUCCUUUGAGGAAAAUUGACAGACUUUUCAACUACAUGUAUUCAACUGCACCAAGACCUCGUGUUGAGACCUCCCGCGCGGUGCCUCUGGCUGGUUUUGGUUAUGGAUUGCCCAUAUCACGUCUUUACGCACAAUACUUCCAAGGAGACCUGAAGCUGUAUUCCCUAGAGGGUUACGGGACAGAUGCAGUUAUCUACAUUAAGGUUUUUCUUUUUCAGGCUCUGUCAACAGACUCAAUAGAAAGACUCCCAGUGUAUAACAAAGCUGCCUGGAAGCAUUACAACACCAACCACGAGGCUGAUGACUGGUGCGUCCCCAGCAGAGAACCCAAAGACAUGACGACGUUCCGCAGUGCCUAGACACACGUGGGACAUCGGAAAAUCCAAAUGUGGCUUUUGUAUUAAAUUUGGAAGGUAUGGUGUUCAGAACUAUAUUAUACCAAGUACUUUAUUUAUCGUUUUCACAAAACUAUUUGAGUAGAAUAAAUGGAAACUGAAUUCCAUUUGUGCCCGUUAAACCUCCUAAAGGAUGAAAUUGCACCUAUUUUACACUUACAUUUUCACAGUUAAUUGAACAUAUUUUUAAACAACUGUAGUUUUGGGCAACUUUUCACUUUGUGGUAGACUUCAGAAGUGUGGAAAUCUUCGGGUUUCUAUAGGAAACUAGUUUUUUUUUUUUUAAGAAAUACUUUCAUUUAUGUUUGCUAGAAACAUUUUCUAAAUGAUAGUGAUUAGCUGGUUCGCCAUCUUCCUGUUAUUUGGAGGAGUUCUGCCAUCUUUUAUUCGGUAGUGACAGCUGUAAUAUGGUCUUCAUGUUUAUCAGUGACUUGACUACAAGUAAAGCAGAAAACAGUUGCCCUGUAAUCACAGAACCAGCCACCCUUCGGCGUCUACAUGCAUUGUCUUAGCUCUGAGGUUAAUUUAUCAUUUUUAAAUUUUAUUGUAAAGAAGUGUAAUGACUAGCUCUCUGUGGAUCUAUGCCAAAAUCAUGGGCCAUCUGUUCUAAGUGUACUUCUGAUUAAUGCAAGGGGAAAUUUUUAUACUGAAAACAAACAAACAAACUAGCAGCUACUAAAAUAGAGAAGAAAUUGAGGGCAAAGUAAUAUGUCUCCAAAACUGAACUGAUUGCUUGUUGAGAUUACCUAGAAAGCUUUUGGAAAAAAAUAGAGCUUUUCUGCAUCCUACUCCAGAUACACUGAAUCAGAAUCCCUAGGGCUAGAGCCUAGAAAUCUCACUUUUUAAAAUGCUUCCAAGGUAAGUCUGAUGCCUACCCUAGGUUGGGAACCACUCUUUCAAAGUAAACAGUGAUGACACAGCAUUUGCUAAAGUAACAUCUGUAGGUUUUGGUUUCCACCUAUUUAAAGUCAGAUUUAUAGACUCAAGGAGACAGAAACUGAAUCCCACACCUGGUGCAAUUAGAAGCAUAAUUAGAAGCAGAAGAACAAAAUGCCACGUAACCAAAGCAUCAGAGCCAUCAUUGCACAUGUCUUUUUUUCUUUUUUCUUUUUUUUUUCCAAGACAGGGUCUCGCUCUUUUGCCCAGGAUGGAGUACAGUGGCAUGGUCAAGGCUCACUGCAGCUUCAAUCUUCUGGGCUCAAGUAAUCCUUCCACCUCAGCCUCCCAUAUAGCUGGAACUACAGUUGUGCACUACCACACCCGGCUAAUUUUUUGAUUUCUUGUGGAGAUGAGGUCUCAGUAUGUUCCCAGGCUAGUGUUGAACUCCUGAGCUCAAGAAAUCCUCCUGCCUGAGUCUCUGAAAGUGCUGGGAUUACAGGCGUGAGCCACCACACAUGGCCUAUUGCACAAGUCUUGACAAACAACAUAUAUUUUCUAAAACUAUCCAGAUUUCAUUAUCAGGGAAAAGUUUGCUUAGGUUUAUUACAGCAGUCCUUUGCAUUUGUAUGGUAAUUUGUACUUUACAAAUACUUUGAUAUAUUAUAACUCUACUGGUCUUUGAAAUAAAGCGAUACAGUGUAGGUGGUAUCAUUCUCUUUCUCACUCAGUGUGGCCCAGAGUUGCUCAGAAUUGGAGCAGAGCCUGAGACGUAUCUGCAGAUCCUGUCAUCAGCUGGCAAGUCCAGGAGACUGUGUCAUUUAGAGACUGUGUUGUUAGUUAUCCCUCAACAUCUUCUAAGGUGGCAGGAAAUAAUAUUGGAAAUAACAUUUUAAAGUAAAAAUUUUAAAGUUUAAAGAAGAGUUUUGCCACUUAAACAGGGGAGCUUUGUCUGGAAAAUACAUUGAGUUGAAACACUUCAUCCUUGGAAGGAUUAUAUAAGAUGAACAGUUGUGAUAAAUGUGUAGAUUAGAGGGAUGUGAAUGGGCAGUUAGUCCAGUGCCCUCAUUUAAGAGGCCAAGAUCCUGAUUCAGAGGAGACAUCCUUUGCCCAGAGCUGCUUAGCUAAUCUGACCAAAUGUUGGGGAAAAUGUCUCACCUAACCCACUAUUCCUUAAUUAUGGAUUUUGUGAAAAACAAUAGAACAUGUUAAUGAGUAAUUUAUAUUAGUUCGAUGUAUUACAAUUUUUUAGCUUUAAAUUACAGUUUUCUUAUAAUGUUGAAAUGUUUUAGAAUCCUUUGAAUCUAAGUAUUUGUUUCCUAAAUGAAACAUUUGUACAACAUUUGAUGUUUUUACUUAUGAAAUAUUCUCCUCCCCCAAGAAAAUUUAAACUUUUUCUCUCUAUUUAAAAGCUAAGAAAUGUUUUAAAGGAAAAAUGAAAUUAUCUUCCUUUAGCUUAUUUUUAAGGUAAAACAGCUUUUUACUCUGUUAUUGUGGUAAUGGACAGAAUAUUACAUACAAAAAUAUUCUGGGAGAGCUUUUUCCUAGUUGGUUUUAAAUCAUUGUGCUACCUGAAAGGUUUUUAGAUUUUAUAGGAGCUAAUUUGUCCACCAGCAUUAAUGUAACACAGUGUAGUUAUGAAAAUAUAUUGAAGGACAGGAAGUGGACACGAAGUGAUUUUUGUAACCUGAGCAGUUAAUGAAUGUGCCAACAUUUUCUAGGAAGGGACAGCAAGAAUAUUCUGCUCUGUAGUUAAAAUACUGGCUGGCUUUUGAUGUCUUCAUGCUUAAUUAUGAUCACUUUCUUGCACUGUGAUGUUUUUACGUGAAUAUGUUGAAGUAGAAGUCUACCAUAUUAUUUUAUACAAUGUUUUCUGUAUGGCAAUAAACUGAAAACAUGGAUCAACCCUUCUUUUGAAAAUAAACUGAGUCAAUUUAGCCUUUUAAAAA